UGUCGAUACCGCGUUGAGCAUAGUCCCCAUAGUUGGGAUGGGCGGUAUUGGAAAGACGGCCUUGGCUCAACGAUUGUAUAAUGAUGUCAAAGUGAGCGGCUGCUUUGAAAUGAGAGCAUGGGUUUGUGUUUCAGAUGUUUUUAAUGUUCUCGACAUAACCAAGACUAUUUUGCGGUCUAUCACUGAGGUGUCUAAUGAGGGUGAAGAUCUUAACAGGCUUCAAGUUAAGUUGAAGGACAGUCUAUCAGGGAAGAAAUUUCUUGUGGUUUUAGAUGAUGUUUGGAAUGAAAACUACGGAGAAUGGACUGCCCUCUUAAAGCCAUUUGGAGCUGGGGCUAAAGGAAGUAAGAUCAUCAUAACGACUCGCAACUAUAUUGUUGCUUCCAUAACAGGAGCUUCGUCGUAUCCUUUGAAGGAGUUGUCCCUUGAUAAUUUAUUUCCCAAGGAUUACGAAAUUGAAAGGGAUGAGCUGGUGCACUUAUGGAUAGCGGAGGGUUUUUUUGAUGGAGGAAGAUCAAAGGAUAAUAUCUUGAAAUGGGGACAGGCUCACUUCGAUGAGUUAGUAUCUAAAUCAUUUCUUCAACGAUCAAGUGUCAACGCAUCUAAAUUUUCAAUGCAUGAUCUUUUGAAUGAUCUAGCAAAGUCAAUUGCGGGUGGGACAUGCUUUAACUCUGAGUCUAAGUUGGCAGAUAAUGAAGAUGUUGCAUCUCCCGAGAAAGUUCGUUAUGCAUCAUUCACCUCAUCAUGCUUACAGUUUCUUGAUAUUAGAGAUACAAGGAGUCUAAAGGAGAUGCCAUUGAGUAUCAGUAAUUUGAAGAAUCUUAUGAUCUUGUCCAAGUUUGUGGUAGGACCAGACAAAGGGUCACGGUUAAAGGAGUUAAAGAACUUGUCACACCUUCAAGGAGAAUUGUUCAUAUCAGAAUUGCAAAAGGUGGAAAAAGUCAGAGAUGCAGUUGAUGCUAAUUUAAUUGGAAAGAGAGGCCUUAGCAACUUAUUCUUGCACUGGGGUGAAAAUUUUGGAAAUUUGCGGAAUGGGAAGCACGAAGCAUUGGUGCUUCACUAUCUACGACCUCACAUUAAUCUUGAACAUCUCUCUAUCUUGCACUAUGGUGGUGAAAGAUUCCCCUCAUGGUUAGAUGGUCCAUCUUAUUCUAAGAUAGUUUCUUUAUGCUUACGAGAUUGUCCUAAUGUCACAUUGCUUCCGCCUCUUGGACAACUACCUUCACUUAGAGAAUUAUCUCUUGAAGGUCUACAUGCAAUAAGCACGAUAGGCCCUGAAUUUUACGGAGGUAAAAGGCCUUUUUCAUCCUUAACAACUUUGAAGAUGGAAGAGAUGUUGGCAUGGAAGGAUUGGACUCAUCAUGCUGGGGGUCAAGAAGAAGAUGUCCUAUUCUCUUGUCUUCAACAUCUAGUUGUCCGAGGAUGUCAUUCGUUGGUCGGGACAUUGCCUGGUCGACUUGAUCUUCUCAAGAAGCUAGAAAUUUAUUCAAGCCCACAUUUAAAUAGCUCAACCAAUGUGGUUUGUCUCCCAUCUCUCUGUGAGUUAUCCAUCGAGGAUUGUAGCGAGGAGAUCUUAAAAAUCUUGGUCAACCUAACCUCUUUGACUUUUCUCAAAAUUAAGAAUAUUGCAAAGCUUGUUUGCUUUGAUCAUGGGUUUACGAGCUACUUGGUUAAGCUAAAGGAGCUUUAUGUAAGACGGUGUGACAAGUUAAACUACUUGUGGCAAAAUGGAAAUGAGAUGCAAAAUCUUACUUGCCUUCAAAGUGUAGUCAUCGAUAGAUGUCCUCAAUUCACAUCUUUUGUUGCUGGAGACGGAGAAAUUGAGCUAUCCUGCAACCUUGAAAAGAUAGAAUUGAUAAAUUGCACGAGUUUACAAAAGCUUCCAAGCAAGAUGUACACAUUAAGAGAGUUGAAUAUUGAGAAUUGUCCAAAAAUCAUGGGACUAAUAAUUUCUCAAGACAAUCCCAGUAGUAAUAACUCAAUAUCUCAACUUGAAUUUCUUUACAUAAGUAAAUGUGAUUCUUGGAUAUCCUUUCCGUUUGUCAAGAAUAGACUUGCUUCUCUGAAAAAGCUUACUAUUUGGAACUGUGAGCGGGUGGAGUCCCUCAAAGAGAUCACAGCAAAAUCGCUGGAUUCUUUGUCUAUAAAUAGAUGUGAGAAUUUGGUAAGUCUACCGCGAUGCCUUCACACGCUCUCCCAUCUCACUUAUUUAGAAAUAAGUGGCUGUCCAGCAUUGGAGAUAGAGGACUUCCCUCUCCUUCCCAUCACCCUGUCGGUACUUGUACUUUAUUCGGUUCCUAAGAUGAAGUCUCUACCAAAGGAGUGGCAUCGUCUUACAUCCCUCCGGUGGCUACGAAUUUCGGGGUGUGAAAAUAUCAAACGCUUGCCCGAAGGAGGUUUGCCUCCCAAUUUGCAGGAGUUUUCAAUUUUGGGGUGCGAGAAUAUGAAGCAACCCGUGAGAGAAUGGGGCUUACCCAUGCUCACAUCCCUCAACGAUCUGACAAUGGACGAAAGCAACAUGGGAGGGGAGAGAGACAAGGUGUGGUUUCCUUCGGAGGAAGACAAUGAGGAUGCCUGGAGUCUUCUCUUUCCUUCCUCUCUUACCUCUCUUUGGAUUGGCCAUAUGAGGAAUGUGGAGAGACUAUCGGAUGGCCUUUGCAAGCAUCUCUCCUCUCUCCAGUGUUUAGGGAUUCUAAAUUGCCCGAAGUUGAGGGACUUGCCAGAGGAUGGCCUCCCUCCCUCCCUCCAAGAAUUGCACAUACAUGUAUGCGAGAUUCUAAAAGAUCGAUGCUCAAAACUAACUGGCGACUAUUGGCCCCUCAUCCAAGAGAUCCCUCUCAUCUACAUUGAUGGCAUUCGGAUCCAAUGA